CGGGAGGGAGGCGGGAGGCUAGCAGAGGGAGAGAGGGCGAGAGGAAGAGGGCGGGAGCGAGAGAACCAGAGAGAAAGGAGAGGAGGGAGGAGGUGCGCCGCGCCAUGGUGUCCUGCACGGGGCCGGGGCCGGGGCCGGGGCCGGGCCAGGCUGGGCCAUGAGCCGCGCCGGGAGCUGGGACAUGGACGGGCUGCGGGCGGACGGCGGGGCCGCCGGGGCGGCCCCGGCCUCUUCCUCCUCCUCCUCCUCCGUGGCGGCAGCGGCGCCAGGCCAGUGUCGCGGCUUCCUCUCGGCGCCAGUCUUCGCCGGGACACACUCCGGGCGUGCGGCGGCUGCGGCGGCGGCGGCGGCAGCAGCGGCGGCUGCGGCCUCGGGCUUCGCGUACCCGGGGACCUCUGAGCGCGCGGGCUCCGCCUCGUCGUCGUCAUCUUCGGCUGUGGUCGCAGCGCGCCCGGAGGCUCCCUCCGCCAAAGAGUGCCCGGCGCCCGGCGCGGCCGCCGCAGCGCCCCCGGGCGCCCCAGCCCUGGGCUACGGCUACCACUUCGGCAACGGCUACUAUAGCUGCCGCAUGUCGCACGGCGUGGGCUUACAGCAGAAUGCUCUCAAGUCGUCGCCACACGCCUCCCUGGGAGGCUUCCCGGUGGAGAAGUACAUGGACGUGUCGGGCCUGGCAAGCAGCAGCGUACCGGCCAACGAGGUGCCCGCGCGAGCCAAGGAGGUGUCCUUCUACCAAGGCUACACGAGCCCCUAUCAGCAUGUGCCCGGCUACAUCGACAUGGUGUCUACCUUCGGCUCCGGGGAGCCGCGGCACGAGGCGUACAUCUCCAUGGAGGGCUACCAGUCCUGGACGCUGGCCAACGGAUGGAACAGCCAGGUGUACUGUGCCAAGGACCAGCCACAGGGCUCCCACUUUUGGAAAUCAUCUUUUCCAGGGGAUGUGGCCCUAAAUCAGCCAGACAUGUGUGUCUACCGUCGGGGGAGGAAGAAGAGGGUACCCUACACCAAACUGCAGCUCAAAGAACUGGAGAACGAGUAUGCCAUUAACAAGUUCAUUAACAAGGACAAGCGGCGGCGGAUCUCGGCUGCCACGAACCUAUCCGAGAGACAAGUGACCAUUUGGUUUCAGAAUCGAAGAGUGAAAGACAAGAAAAUCGUUUCCAAGCUCAAAGACACUGUCUCCUGAUGUGGCCAGCUUGGCCACAGAGAUUUUAAAUGCUUUCAGUUGUCUCCAAAGGACCUUUGAAAAGACUUGAAUAUGUAUUUAAUUCCCCCACUACCCUGCCAGUGAUGGCACAUUUUGUGAAUUGUUUUUUCUCCUCCCCUUAUCUGGCUCUAAAACCUUUUGCUGCCCAACCUGACUGUGUAGUUCUGUCUCUUACUUGUUUAUUAUUGAUUUUGCUCUUGUCUAGGUUUAUUUUUAUGACUUUUUAAUGUUCUGUUUCUCCCUCCAGGCCAGUAUAAAGGACUUGAAGUAUUUUUGAAUAAUCCCCACAAGUGAAUU